GCCAGACUAUUUGAUUCCAAUUUACACGUUUCUUCUUCCCACCUUUUCAUUUUCAAACAGACAAAGGUUGUAACAAUGUGCCCUUCCGGAAGAACCCUAGCCACGGCGGCGACGGCGAACACCACAACCGUAUCAGGUUUCCGCUCAGCGUUCGAGGUACUCGACACCGACCGCGACGGAAAGAUUAGCCGCGAAGACCUCCGCGCAUUUUACGCCGGAUUCUCGAGCUCCGGCGCUGACGAGAGCAAAAUCAUUUCGAUGAUGAAGGCGGCGGACUCGAACCAAGACGGAUUCGUCGAGUUCGACGAGUUCGAGCGCGUCCUCGGGUGCACGAACCGACUGCGCGGUGGAGGAUUGAUGGAGGAAGCGUUCAAGGUUAUGGACAAGGACGGCGACGGGUGGCUAAGCCACCAGGACUUGAAGAGCUACAUGGAGAUGGCGGGGUUUCCGACGGGAGAUGAAGAAAUCAAGGCUAUGAUUUCUCUGGGCGGAGGUAAUGAAAAGCAAGGCGUUUCGUACCAAGGUUGGCUUAAGAUCUUGGCCGUUGAUUAAGUUUGACUUGAUCAUAACUUUUUUUUGUUUAAUAAAAAAUGUAAAAUUAAAAAAAUUGAAGCGGUGGGAGUAGAAUAGUACUCGAGGUUCCAGCUCAGCUGAAAGUUUCCAUGGUAGUUUCUAGAAGGAGCUGUAAAAAAACUUUGUUUGGUAUUAUUUUAGGAAUUUGCACCGUCAUGCAUUCCUGUCCACAUACCAAUUUGGAAAAGUGCCAUUUGCCACCACAUAAGGCUCUUUUUUAUUGGACAAUUAUUUGCACGUGACUAUAAGCAAUAUGAGAUCUGAAUUGAUCUGA